GUUGAUAAUCAAGUGAAACAGGUGAAGGUCGAUGUCAUGUCUUCUCUCUGCAUAAAUAAUCUUGCAGAAUUUUCGUGUGUUUAUUAAAAUUAUGAUUAUUGUUUUAAUUGUUGUUAAAAACUAAAUUAAAUAUGAGUUUUUUAUACAUAUUUAAUGUCAUUGGUGUAUUGGAUAAUAUUACAUAUCAUGUGCUUCAAGAGGAAGUUUUUGAAUGGUACACAAGUAACCAGUUAUAUGUUUGGUUGAUGUGGCUGCUGAUUCCUGUAAUUGUUGUAUUCUGUCUGCCAUUUUUUACCUAUUUUCUGCUUUAUAUUACUGCUUUACUUUUGGAAGUAUAUCGUUAUUGGAAUUUAGCAAGAGGAAUUAAAUACAAUCCUAAAUUUUGGGAUAAAGCCAAUUUUUAUUUUUCAAAUAUAUGGCUUGCGUAUGGACGAUUCUGGCAUGGUUAUGAAGUUGUAGGUAUUGAUAAUAUUCCUUCACAAGGACCUGCAUUGAUAAUAUUUUAUCAUGGAACCAUACCUGUUGAUUGGUAUUUUCUUUUUUCUGCACAUCUAUGUAUAAAAAAAAGAUUAAUUCAAGCAGUUGGAGAUAAAUUUCUUUUUAAAAUUCCAGGAUGGAAAGCUUUAUUAGAAGCUGCUAAAGUAUGUCCUGGUUCCAUAGAGAGCUGUUCAGAGGUAUUAAAAAAUGGAAAUUUACUUGCUAUAGCUCCAGGUGGAGUGAGAGAGGCACAAUUUGGUGACGAAACUUACUCUUUACUUUGGGAGAAAAGAAAAGGUUUUGCACAAGUUGCUAUAGAUGGAAAAGCGCCUAUUAUUCCUGUUUUUACUCAGAAUAUCAGAGAAGCUUUUCGUCCUCUUGGAAUAGGGAAGAGCUUAUUUAGGAAAAUUUAUGAAAAAACAAGAUUUCCUCUAGUUCCAAUUUAUGGGGGAUUUCCAGUUAAAUUAAGAACUAUUAUUGGAAAUCCCAUACCAUAUGACAAGAAUAUAACUGCAGAAGAAUUAGUAUGCAAGACAAAAUGUGCAAUAAGGGAACUGAUACUGCAUCACCAGCAUCUUCCUGGAAGCAUUAUUUUAGCCUUAUUUGAAAGGAUAUUUGAAAGUAACAAACAGAAAUGCAUUUAAAAAAAAUGUAAAAUUUUAGAAUUU